UUGUGUAGAGUUUCAAACACAAAAGAAAAUGUCUUCCACCAGAAAGAUUUAUGUUAUGUUUGUUAUGGUAUUAGUUGUGCUUGGUGUGAAAGAUAAGUGUCCGGGAGUAAGAGCAAUCAGAAACAAAGCUCUGCUUCGUAGAAUGUUAAUUGCUUCAAACGUGGUGGACGUUACAACAUUGGGUGCCAAGGGCGAUGGUGUGACAGAUGACACCAAGGCAUUUCUGGCAGCCUGGCAAGCAGCCUGCAACAACGACUCGGCUAUACUACACAUUCCUGCUGACUAUCGCUUUCUCGUUGGGCCUGUCACUUUCUUGGGACCCUGCAAAUCGAACAUUGUACUCCAGGUUGAUGGAAGUGUUAUCGCACCAGUGAAUUCAGGGACGUGGGCAUCUAAACCGUUGGAAUGGAUAAAUUUCAAGAAACUCAACGGUAUUACUAUCGCCGGCAAGGGCACUUUUGAUGGACAAGGGGCAGCGUGGUGGAAGGAUAGCAGCAAUGGGGGAAGCAGUUUACCAAGUGUGAGGCCAACGGCAUUGCGAUUCUAUGGAAGCUAUGACGUGAGCGUGCAAGGCAUUACCAUACAAAACAGUCCUCAAUGCCAUCUUAAGUUUGACAGUUGCAAUUUUGUUGCAGUAGCUAACGUCACAAUCUCCUCUCCUGCAAAUAGCCCAAACACAGACGGAAUCCAUCUCGAGAAUUCUGAAGACGUUGAAAUACAUCAUUCAUCUAUAGCAUGCGGAGAUGACUGCGUGUCAAUACAAACAGGUUCCUCUGCCAUCCGCAUUCACAACAUCAACUGUGGCCCUGGUCACGGUGUGAGUAUUGGAGGACUUGGGAAAGAUGGAACGAAGGCCUGUGUUUCCAAUGUGAGCGUCUAUGACAGCAACAUCCACGAUGCUUCCAACGGAGUCCGGAUCAAAACCUGGCAGGGAGGAGCUGGGCAGGUGAAAAGCGUAUCCUUUUCCAACAUACAGGUUUCCAACGUACAAGUGCCCAUUGAUAUCAAUCAAUUUUACUGUGACGAUAAGACUUGCAGUAAUCAAACCUCAGCGGUAUUUAUAUCAGACGUCACUUACGAGAAAGUCACAGGCACUUACGUGGACACUCCAGUUAAUUUGGCUUGCAGUGACGAUGUGCCAUGCACUGAUUUAAAGUUCCUAAACAUUCAACUUCAGCCUGCUGAUACAGAUGAGAAGAAUCCCUUGUGUUUGAAUAGCUAUGGAGAACAACAAUCGGGUGUUGGGUGUCUGAAACCUGGAACACCGUCCAAUGACCCUUCCCAAACUCAAUCAGCCAAAGAUAAAUGCUAAAGCUAAUAAAUGGGGCACCCAUUCAUGAGGUUAUUACUGUACAAGUCAUUAAAUGCUAAUCUGAAUAUUCAUUGUUGAUUGACGUUACCCAAGUAUUUUAACCCACACAGGUUAUGAUUCGAUUGUAACCAUUUGUCAAUUCUACGAUGCACUCGAAGGGAUUGCUUAUAAAUGACACUUCUCUUGCAACAAGAAAACUUUCUUUGCAUAAGAUGUUGUAAGCUUCAAAUGAAUCUUCCAAGAAGAGGACAGUUUUUCACUCAUCUGAAGUUCCCUAGGGAUCAGCGAGGGCCCAAUGUUUAUUUUCCGUACUCCUUUGUCUUUUUAUCUUUUAGAAUUUUCUUCUCCUCUCUAUCCCCAUCUUGGCGAGAA